ACAAAAAGCGCGCAAACGCAGAGAAGAACAAAAAAACAAGAAAAAAACGUACGAGAAGAAGAAGAAAAAAAGCUUGAGGCGAUGUACGGCUCCCCCGACGGCGUCCGCUACUGCCAGCAGUGCGAGCGCACCACGUCCAUGGUGCUCGACCACGACACCGGCGACGCCAUCUGCACCGAGUGCGCCAUCGUGCUCGGCAACGGCAACGACCCGCGCCGCCCCGCCGUCGCCUCUGCGGCCACCAAACACGGCGGUGCCGACGCUCCUGCCGAUGAUGAUCCGUUGCUCCAGGGCAGCGACGUGGUCGCCGCCGCCGCCGCGGAGGUGGCAUGCUCCGUUGCCCCGACCAAGCUGCAGGCUGAGGGCGCUGCGCCGGCGGCGCCGCCGAGGAUGCGGGGCGCUGUCGUGGCGCCGAAGGUGCGAGGCGGCGGUGGCGGCGCCGUGACGAAGGCCCGGGGCGGCGUCCCCGACACGAACAAGUCGCUCGCCGAGGGGUUCGACGCCAUCGACAACAUGGCGUCCCGGCUCGGGCUCGCGGGCAACGUGCGCGACCGCGGGAAGGACGUGCUGAGGAAGGUGGAGGAGGCCAAGGUUUGCGCCAGGGGGCGGAGCCGGGACGCGCUCUACGCGGCGUGCCUCCACACCGCGUGCCGCAUGGAGGGCGCGCCGCGGACGCUCAAGGAGCUCAUCGCCGCGACGCCCGACGCGGCGGCGACGAAGAGGAACCUGGGCAAGUUCAUCCACGCGAUCAAGAGGCUCCUCGGGAGCAACGAUGAGGAGGCCGAGGCCGGGCAGGAUCAAGCGGGCAGCAAGGCGACGAACGGCUGCGGCGGUGGCGGCGGCGCCGGCGCGGUGGUGCGCGCCAGCAACUACCUGCUCCGCUACGGGUCGGCGGUCGGGAUGAGCGGCCAGGAGGUGAGCGCGGCGCAGCGCGCGGCGAGCAGGCUGGACGAGAGCCUCGACGUGCGGCGAAACCCGCAGUCCAUCGCGGCCGCCAUCAUCUACAUGGCCGUGCAGCGCGCCGGCGGCGGCGGCGGCAGGAGCAAGAGCGUCCGCGAGGUGUCCGCCGCCACGGGCGUCAGCGAAUCGACCAUCAAGGACGCGUACAAGGACCUGUGCCAGCACGCCGAGGUGCUCUUCGGCUAAAUACAUAUGGCGACGCGACGCUACAAAAUUAUUUUCGUUUGUGUUGUUUGAUUAGUUAUUUUUCGAAAGCCCGCAUGUACACUCGUGAGUUUGGACUUCUCAUUUGAAAUCGUAUACUGUUAGUAAUUUUUUUAAUCUGAAAUCAUCUAUAAUAAUUUCAAUUC